CCCUGGCAACACGGCCGAUCAUUCGACGAUGUGUGCGGAACCCAGUGACGGCCGAGAUCAUCCGUAGAUCGUAGAUGCGUGUUUAGGUAGGGUAACGAAAGAUCAUUAAAGUAAACGUCAGAUGAAAUGAGUUGCAGAAUUCAACAGACAAAAAAUAUUUUGCAUACGUAGUUUUGUGGUUCGAUAAUUUCGAGGAAAUAAUUUCUAAUUAUUGUGUAAUUUGAUUCCUAAUCUAACUAAGAGUACGGAAGAGUAACGUUAUAGUACGGAGGAAAUAACGUUUUACUCUCCUCUGGAUUAUCAUAUAGUGAAUUCGAAGUGGUAAUCAUAAGUGGAAGUCGAGAAGGGACAAAACAUAAAUAGUCAACGAAACUGUAAGUCGAAUUGUACCCCAAAUUUGUUGAUCUAUUGAUAACUUACGAUAAUUUCUAGCUUAAAAGCAACAUCGAUAGGAAUAAAACUGUUCGCUGAAGAGAUCUUGACUAGUUUUCCUUUCCUGCGGCCACAAUCUUUUAAGAGUUUCAACUACCAGCUGUUAGCAGGUGCACGGCAAGCAAUGGCAACAGCAUUAGGAUCUCAACCAUGUAUCCAGCAGAGCUGUCCUGGUUGCAAUAAACCCAAUUCCGACGGCGGGGCGACGGUCGUUUGUUACCAAUGUCGGCGCUGGUAUCACGAUGCUUGUGCGGGUCGAACUGGGGAGAUCGAAGAUGGCAGUUGGUCAUGCGUAGCGUGCACUCUAUCCAUAAGUGGGACGGCAAAAUCGAUUAUAUCUACGAGCAGUACUCGAUCGACCAGAAUGCGACUGGAACUGAUGCGAUUGGAAGAACUUCAGAAGGCUAAGGAGAAGCAUAUGCUCGAACGGCAGGAACGGGAGCGGCUACGAGAAGAACGUAUCCAAAAGGAGAAGGAGGACUUAGCAGAGAAAUAUAUCGACGAAAAAUACGCUUUACUGAUGUCGGAGACAUUAGAGGAUGGGGCCAGUAGCGUGAGAAGCCGAGGAAGUCGUCAGAGAAGUCUGGAUAAGGUUAGCACAUGGAUGGAUGCAGGGCAGCGAGAAAAUUCCGCAGAAGAUACGGCAUUAGGAGAUUCGAUAGUGAGUUUACCACAGCCGCCGGUAACUGGGAUCCAGAACAACCUUCUACACGGAACUCCGUUGAGCUCACUCGGAGUUAAGGUGGUCAGUACCGGCGAAUCAAAGCAGAAUACUGGGGAAGCAGAACAAAGGCCAAAUAUGUACCCCUUACUUCCGGUACAAGAACUUUCUUCGAAGAGUGAUAGUACAGUAGGGGCGGAACAAAGAGGUCAGUAUGGAGGAACGAAGGUGCUACCGACGAUUGCAGAAAACAGUUCGUUGUUGAUACCUUCGAAUGCUGCCGCGCACACAGUAUCAUCGUCCGCACCGAUUACUAUUCAACCGUCAGUGUCGUGUGGGAAUGCGCCGCCGAAAUUAUCUGCUAACUCGACAGCGGCACGAUUGGCCGCGCCUGAUUCAGCGCUACACCAAUCCUUUUCCUCGCGUGUCCACAUUAACGAUGCCCCAGCUGCUUUCCCGACUAUGCUUCCACCAUCAGCUCCGACUUGGAUGGAGCCCCCAGUAGCGAGAGUAGAUUCAGCGUUACCAACAGUAGCAGAUCAACGGUUUUUAAAUGAACCACCUCAGCUACAACGUCAUCCGGUUUACGCGCCAGCACAGCACUUGCCAUCCUGGCAGCCACCUUUGCCAUAUGCAUGCCAAUCCCGUUCACUACUGGCAAAUGGAGCAUACAACGGAGCAUCGGAACCUUUUCUAGGUCAAUACCAGCAGCAGAUGGCAGCGAGACAGGUAGUCCCAAGGGAACUCCCAGUCUUCACGGGAAACCCAGAAGACUGGCCUAUAUUCAUUAGCAGCUAUCGUAAUUCGACAGUGAUGUGCGGCUACACGGAGGCCGAGAAUUUGAUGCGACUCCAAAAAUGUUUGCGUGGGAAUGCAUUGGAGGUAGUACGAAGCAAUCUGCUGCUGCCAUCUUCGGUUCCGCAAGUCUUGGAUACAUUAGAGACACUUUUCGGCAAUCCAGAACGGCUUAUUCAGUCCUUACUAACUAGAGUGCGAAACACUCCGGCUCCAAAGUCGGACAGGCUAGAAACGCUGAUAAACUUCGGGAUUGUUGUUCAAAACUUAGUUGGACAUCUGAAGGCGGCCAAUCAACAAGUUCAUCUUACAAAUCCUUCGUUGCUGCACGAUUUGGUUAGUAAACUUCCUGCGAAUAUCCGACUGGAUUGGGCACUCUACAAGAAGCGCAUGGUUACUGCCGACCUGGAAACCUUCAGCAACUAUAUGUCGGCGAUCAUUUCAGCAGCAAGCGACGUUACGCAUUUCAGUGAUCUCGAUAUUCAACAAUCAUCUAGAAACGAGAAGCAGAACUCAAAGGAGAAGUCGUUCCUGAACGCCCACAGCUCAACAAACGAUUACAAACCGCUAGGUCAACGCGGUAGCGAUAGUAGCAGCAAAACUGCGGGUACGGUAAAGCCUUGUUUCGUUUGUCAGAGAACAGGACAUAGAGUAAAGGAAUGCUUCGAGUUCAAAUCACUUUCCUUGAGUGACCGCUGGAAAACUGUGAAAACACACCAACUUUGCCCAAAAUGUCUCGUACCUCACGGUAAGUGGCCAUGCCGGACAUCAAGAUCUUGCGACGUUAGCGGGUGUAUCGACAAUCAUCAUUCGCUUCUACAUCCUGGAGUUCCCGAAUCAUCCGAUGUCGCCGUAGUAUCCGUACACCGUCAACCGAAAAGCGUAACGAUUUUCAGGAUCAUCCCUGUUGUUUUGUACGGCAAAACAACGCAACUGGAGACAUUUGCCUUCCUAGAUGAAGGAUCGGAUUUAACGCUAAUCGACGAAGAAAUCGCCGAUCUGCUGGGAGUGAACAAAGGUGAACAAAGAAAUCUAUGUUUGAAGUGGACUUCGAACGUCACUAGAGAAGAGGCAAACUCUAGACAGAUCAAUCUGGAAAUAAGUGGAGCCGGGGGUGGCAAACGAUUUCCUUUAAUGAACGUGCGUACUGUUGGACGUUUAGACUUGCCCCUUCAAACAUUGGAUUACGUUCGGUUGGCAGAAAGCUUUCCCCAUUUGCAGAAAUUGCCUAUCUGUAGCUACGAGAACGCAACUCCGAGGUUGUUAAUCGGACUGAGCAAUCUGCAACUUGCGGUUCCGUUGAAAUGUCGUGUAGGUCGUGGUAAUCAGCCUGUAGCGACCAAGACUAGACUGGGCUGGACAGUAUUCGGCAACAUGGCCGAAUCUAACGCGUCUCACUCAUUCCAUAUAUGUGAGUGCACAACCGAUGAAAAGCUACACAACUUGGUAAAGGACUUCUUUGCAGCUGAAAACGUAGGAAUAGUAAGCGGACCUUUGCCAGAAGGCGUUGAAGAUGCUCGCGCCAAAGCUAUUCUACUAGAAACCACAAGGAAGGGCAACGACGGGCAUUACGAAACCGGUUUGCUUUGGCGCUACGAUGAGUUCGAGUUUCCACCAAGUUAUGACAUGGCUGCCAGAAGGUUUUACUGCUUGGAGCGCCGACUUCGAGCACAUCCGGAGUUGCGAGACAAUCUGGAUAAGCAGAUCAUCGAGUACCAAUCGAAAGGCUAUGCACAUAAAGCCAGCAGCCGAGAAUUGGAAGAUGCUGAUACAAAACGCGCUUGGUAUUUGCCACUGGGUCUAGUGACCAACCCAAAAAAGCCCGGAAAAGUCCGGAUCAUUUGGGACGCGGCCGCAAAGGUUAAUGGUGUGUCCUUCAAUUCAAUGCUCUUAAAAGGGCCGGAUAUGCUAACCUCAUUACCAUCGGUUCUUUUCCGAUUCCGUGAACGCAAAUUUUGUAUCACGGCCGAUAUUAAAGAGAUGUACCAUCAAGUCAAAAUCCGCCCAGCUGACCGUACAUCUCAACGAUUUUUGUAUCGAUCUGAUCCAUCACAAGAACUAGAGACCUACAUAAUGGAUGUGGCAACGUUUGGCUCUACGUGCUCUCCAUGCUCAGCACAACAUGUUAAGAAUGUCAACGCUAUCGAAUGGAAAGAACUCUACCCUGAAGCAGCAUCCGCGAUAAUAGAAAACCACUACGUGGAUGAUUAUUUGGAUAGUCGAGACACGGAGGAAGAGAUGGCGAACUUGGCAAUUGACGUCCGAGUGGUACACUCCAAGGCUGGCUUCGAACUAAGAAACUGGCGUUCUAACUCGGAAGAAAUUUUGCGACGAAUCGGGGAGGAAUCGGCAACUACAGAGAAGAUAAUCGGUGGAGACAAAUCAAGCCAAACCGAGCGAGUUUUAGGGAUGACCUGGAUGCCGACUGAUGACACGUUCACGUUUUCCGUUGUUCUACCAGACGAUCUGCAACAAAUGGCCUUCGGAGCAGGGAAGGUAACUAAACGAGGCGCUCUACGAUUGCUGAUGACUUUGUUCGACCCCCAUGGUUUGAUAUCCAACUUCCUCAUACAUGGCAAAAUUGUACUACAAGAUCUUUGGCGCAGCGGAGUAACCUGGGACGAAGCGAUUCCGCAAGAGAUUUCUGUUCGCUGGAACCGUUGGGUCAAUCAACUUUCAACUCUUCAAAAUGUCCGUGUUCCACGAUGCUAUUUCCCUUCAUAUAACGUACAAGAUCUGCAAGCUCUUGAGCUUCAUGUAUUUGUUGAUGCAAGUGAGUCGGCAUAUGCAUGUGUCGCCUAUUUUCGCAUCAUUGAGCGGGGUGUACCACGAUGCGCAUUCGUGUCUUCCAAAGCCAAAGUUGCUCCGCUUAAAUCUUUGUCAAUCCCGCGUUUGGAGCUUCAAGCGGGUGUUAUAGGCAGCCGACUAGCCAAGGCGAUCAAGGAUAAUCACACAUUUCCAAUAAGGCGUACUGUUUACCACAGUGAUUCUAGUACGCUACUGUCGUGGAUCAGAUCAGACACCCGCAAGUAUCGACAGUACGUGGCAGUGCGCGUAGGAGAGAUUCUGGAAACAAGUGAAGUUUCCGAGUGGCGUUGGGUGCCAAGCAAGCUGAAUGUGGCCGAUGAAGCAACGAAGUGGUGCAACGGACCGGCAUUAGAACCAGACAGUAGAUGGUUCAAAGGUCCAGAAUUUUUGUAUCAACCGGAAGAACACUGGCCUCGACAGAAGUGUCUACCAUCAGACACCACAGUGGAGAUGCGAUCGAGUAACACUCACCAGGAAAUAGUAUGUCGUGCAGUCAUCGAUAUUUCACGUUUCUCAAAAUGGGAACGCCUUUUACGGAGUGUGGCAUAUGUAUUUCAUUUUAUCGAUUGCUGUCGAGCACAAAAGGAGGAGAGAAAAAGUCUGCUGGAUCAAACAGAUUUCGAACGAGCGGAGCGGACACUUUGGAAACUGGCGCAGACAGAUGAAUAUGCAGAUGAACUGGUAGAGUUGAAGAAACAAUCGAAGGGAACGGGAAGACGACAGCUACACUUCGAUAAGUCCAGCAAGAUUCGUAAGCUUUCGCCAUUCCUUGAUGAAUUUGGAGUGAUAAGGAUGGAAGGGCGAAUUGAAGCGUCUCCUUUCGCGUCCUUUGAUGCGAAAUAUCCAAUUAUUCUCCCAAGGGUGCACUAUGUAACUGAACUUCUGGUUGAAUGGUAUCAUCGGCGUUUUGGGCAUGGUUUCAACGAAUCUGUUGUAAAUGAAAUAAGACAAAAAUUUCACGUAUCCCAUCUGCGAGUUUUGGUGCGCAGCGUAACAAAACGAUGUAAGCUCUGCUUAGUACGCAAGGCAGAGCCAAGGGUGCCCAGAAUGGCUCCUCUCCCCACGGUACGAGUGACUCCAUUUGAACGGCCGUUCUCGAAAGUAGGAGUCGAUUACUGUGGCCCGUUUGCGAUCAAAGUCAAAAGAAGCAAUGUUAAGAGGCGGUUCAUCGAUCGUAGAGGUGCCCCUACUGAGAUAUAUACAGAUAACGGGACCAAUUUUCAAGGAACGUGUCGGGAAUUGGCUGAACAACUUGCGAGCGUAAACGAGGGAUUAGCCGAAACUUUCACCGACGCACAAACAAAGUGGAUCUUUAUCCCCCCAGCUUCUCCACACAUGGGAGGCGUGUGGGAACGCUUGGUACGUUCAAUCAAGGCAGCGAUGGAAGGUCUACGUCAUCUGCGGUCCCCUACGGAGGAGGUAUUUCAGACCUUGUGUACUGAAGCGGAAUCGAUGAUGAACUGCAGGCCGUUGACAUAUAUACCAUUAGAAACCUGUGAUCAGGAAGCCUUGACUCCCAAUCAUUUUUUGCUUCUAAGUUCGUCAGGAGUAAAGCAAGCCGUUAAGACACCGACAGACGACAGAAUGGGACUACGAAGUGAUUGGGAUCAGUGUCAACUGUUGCUUGACCGAUUCUGGACUAGGUGGAUCCGCGAGUACCUGCCCACCAUCACUCGCAGGACGAAAUGGUUCGAAGAUGUUCAGCCGUUGUCAGAAGGUGCUUUGGUAUUUAUAGUAAAUGACAAGCAGCGAAAUAGCUGGGUACGAGGCAAAGUAGUUAAGCUGAUUCCAGGAGUCGAUGGGCGAAUAAGACAAGCUGAUGUCCAGAUUGCUGGAGGGGGAAUACUCCGACGAGCCGUAGCAAAGCUAGCCGUUUUAGACGUGAUAGAAGCCAGUAAAGCUGACGGAACCGGGCAACUUUACGGGUCGGGGGAUGUUAGCCCUGGCAACACGGCCGAUCAUUCGACGAUGUGUGCGGAACCCAGUGACGGCCGAGAUCAUCCGUAGAUCGUAGAUGCGUGUUUAGGUAGGGUAACGAAAGAUCAUUAAAGUAAACGUCAGAUGAAAUGAGUUGCAGAAUUCAACAGACAAAAAAUAUUUUGCAUACGUAGUUUUGUGGUUCGAUAAUUUCGAGGAAAUAAUUUCUAAUUAUUGUGUAAUUUGAUUCCUAAUGUAAGUACGAUGAAAAUUGAAUUAUUUCGUAAUAAUUUCUAAGCCAUAAUUUGUUCCUAUAGCUAACUAAGAGUACGGAAGAGUAACGUUAUAGUACGGAGGAAAUAACGUUUUACUCUCCUCUGGAUUGUAUGUAAGUAAGACUAUGUCAAAUUGCAUUAUUAAUUAUCAGAAUAUUUCCUACAAAGCAGAUCAUAUAGUGAAUUCGAAGUGGUAAUCAUAAGUGGAAGUCGAGAAGGGACAAAACAUAAAUAGUCAACGAAACUGUAAGUCGAAUUGUACCCCAAAUUUGUUGAUCUAUUGAUAACUUACGAUAAUUUCUAGCUUAAAAGCAACAUCGAUAGGAAUAAAACUGUUCGCUGAAGAGAUCUUGACUAGUUUUCCUUUCCUGCG